GGAAAAGUAAUUUUGAGUAUGGAGAUUGAUUGCGGAGCGGCAGUGUCGGUCAUUAGUUUGGGAACAUACAAAACGUAUUUCAAACACAUUCAAGUACACCGUUGUAACAAUCGUCUAGUAGUGGUGAGUGGCGAGCAGUUAAACAUAUAUGGGAAGAUAGAGGUCGACGUGAUGAUAAACAACACCAAACAACAGGUUUCCUUAGUAAUCCUAGACAGCGGCAUCUGGUUUGUACCAUUGAUCGGUAGAAAUUGGUUGGAUAUUUUUUAUCCAAACUGGAGGAAUAGUUUUGAAGCCAAUUUGCACGUAAACAAAUUACAUACCAAUCAGCUAACCGAAUCGGGAUUUGAAGCAGAUCUUGUGCUUAAAGAGGAGAGGCCCGUGUUUCGCAGAGCAUACGAAGUACCGUUCAAACUGAAGGACAAGGUUCUUGAGCAUUUGGACUCCUUGGAGAAACAAAACGUUAUAACUCCCAUAAAGGCAUACACUCAAAGCGCAUCGGAAUCAGCUGAGAAUUGUUCCUGCUCAGCCGACGUGCACCACGAUACGUAUUCCAAUACAGAGGAUGAAACGACCAAGAAGUGUGAGUGAUUCCGAAGAGGAAUUUUACGGUUUCCCAGACGUUCCGGCCGUACCAACAGAUUCGGAAGGCGUUAGUAGGCGUUUGAAGCACAUUCGACGCAGUCCGAUAAUAACACGUAGCUCGACGAGAACAAAAAGAAACUAUCACUCAACAGCAUCAAAUCAGGAAACAUCCCAGCAGCGGUGAUAUACAUUAUGUAUUACUGAGUCCUGGAAAACGAACGAGGAGAAAAAGUGAAGUGAUUGAGAAAUUUUGAAUUCAUGUGUAGUUAGUAAGAAAAAUCCAGAUUGGACUAUAUUGCUAGAAAUUUAAGAAAAAAAGAUACGGUAAGAAUUGUCCAGUGCUCUGAAAGUUUUUUCAAUAUCUCAUUUAUAGAAUGAAUUCGAAUAUGUUUUAUGGUUUGGUUUAUUACUCAAACGUUCGGAUCAUCAAUCAAAAUUAUGUAAAAAUGUAUGUGUAUAUAUUGUGGAUACUUUAGGGGGAAGAAUUGUAAUAUUCGACAAAAAGGUCAGAACCCCUUUUGCUGUAACGCAAGUUCGUAUCGGUUCGGCUUGAAGAGCAAAGCUGAGGUCUGGUUAAUGAGAAUAAAUGAUAAAUCGGUCUCUUUUGAUC